AUGGACGGCUGUGCGUGGUCUGAAUUUGACGUGGACAAUGCGCCACCGCCUGAGAAGCUGGAUGUGGAGCUGCGGGAGAAGCGCGACGACGAGGCGCUGCCUGACAGCCUGGCUGACGCCGUCGCCGACGCCGCCGCGGCGACCGCGAAUGCAAUCAACCGUGGCAACGCGCGCUGCCAGGUGGAAAUCUUGCUGCCAGAGUUCUGGGACCCCAUCUCGGGCCCCAUCUUCCCCAACAAGGGCGACCAGGAGCGAUUCUGGCGCAUGACUCGCCGCUUUGUUGAGGCGCUGCAGCAGGCCACCGGCGCAGCCAGCGUCAAGGCGGGCAGGGCGUCUCUGCUGCGUUGGGACGAGUGCCUGCGCUGCUGA